ACUUAUUUGCUGAAGUGCAGACAUCCCUGUUGGCAAAUUCAGUGGUUUUGCUUCCUGUAAAAAAGAAACAAACCUGAAACUAAAGUUCAAAAUGCUUCUGCUUUUAGACAGAGGCCAAGUGUUACUGAAAAGGGAACAUCUGUCCAUUAAUUCCUCAGAGUUUGUGUCUGUGGAGGACAUGACAGGUCUCUAAACAUUGAACUGUAGAUUACGAAAUCAAAAUGCUUGGCGUUAUGCUCGUCCUGGUCUUCGCCACCGGUCGCUGUGCAGCUGACGUCGGGGAUUUCGCUCCAUGUCUGCAGUUCUUCUACAGCUCUUGGCCUCCUAAAGGUUUGAUGGGAACCCCGAUCUGCCAGCGUUAUUACAACCAGCACCGCUUCGCCACGCUGUACAGCCGACCUCGCCGCUCGCCCUGGUUCUCGGCUUAUUUGUACUCCAUUCCUGCAGGAAAAAGGCCUUCAGCGUCCUGGAAGUUUGAGCCACAGUUGGCGUAUCCAGGAGCUGAUGGCAACAUGAUCCCAUUCCCGCCAGGCCCUCUGGACCAGAAUGUGGUGGAAAGCCAGGCGGUGGAUCUGGACUACAUCAACUCCACCUACUCUCGGGGCCACCUGAACCCCAGCCUUCACCACCAGAGCCGUGAGAUGCGCUCGGCCACCUUCACCCUCACCAACGUGGUUCCUCAGAAGGCUGGAUCCAACGAUGGGCCCUGGGAGUUCCUGGAGCAAGACGUCAACAACACCUUAGCAGCCUACUGUCUUGGGGAGGCCUACAUAGUCACGGGCAUCAUCCCAUACCGGAACAAUGAGCACUGGCUCAAGAAUCACCGUGUGGCAGUACCGGAAUAUCUUUGGUCUGCCUACUGCUGCCCAAACUACAACCACAGUCUCCCAGAGCAGCUGAGCGACGCCUUUCCAACAUAUGCCGCCGUUGGACGCAAUGACCCCAACAGCACCGAGGAGAUUGUACCAGUUAACAAGACGGCUAAGAGGCAGUUCAGAGGCUAUGAUGUGAGACAAAUGUCCCUGGAAACGCUGGAGAUGUACCUGAAGGACAGGUUCAACACUGUCGUCAGUGUUUUCUAUGAGCAGUGCUCCGGAUCAGGCUGAUCCUGGAUGAAUUAUGCAGAUCAUGAGUUGUGGAAAAGUGCUGUAACUGAACUUAAAAACACCAAAUCCAGAAAAUUAACUGAAGAGUUUUCAGGUUUAUUCAACACAUGCACUUCCUGGAGGUCAUUAAGCAUCACAAAAGAUGUUGUCAUUGUGCCUCUUUACUAGUUAAAGCCCCACGAUGUUCUCUGCUUGUCAACAUGGAAAUGCCAACCUCCUGUGGUCGCGAUAGCAUUAAACAGUAAGAGGUUGGUGGAAUAAUCAAGUAUUACAGCUAAUCUACUUUAAUGGUGUAUUAUCCAGGAAAAUUAUAUCUGAUUGGGACUUAGCAGAUACUGUGGGUUUACUCUGGCAGCAAUUUUGUUUGUUGGUAAGCAGAAAACAUUGUGGGAGUUUAGCUAGUCAAGGAGCACCAUGACAUAGACUUCUAUGAAACUUAAUGACGUCCAGCCGACAAACACUUGUUGAAAUAAACUAGUGCAUUAAGCAUACAUCUCAACAAAACAUCUGCUAGCUGUUUUCACUGUUUUAUUUUCACAUUUAUGCAUGACAACAGAUAUCAAUUACUUCAUACCUCCCAAAAUGUGUAUUUAUCCUUGUAUGAUGUUUCAUUUCCAUAUAGUUUGGCUUCUUGUCUGUAAAUUUAACACAUAGUCUACUCCAUGUUUUGUUCAGCUUUUCUAAAAGUCUUAGUGAACUUUUAACUUUAUACUAACAAUUUUGGAAAUGAUAAAUUUCCUAAAAAGUUCUUCGAAUAAUAGAUUUAUACUUUAACACGUUAUCAAACCUUCUCAGAGCCAGUGUUGUGAGAACAUUCCCUGCUAGCUGGGUUAGGAGCAGUAAUGUGUUGGAAAUAAUUAACUAUGAAACAUGUUAUCAGCCUUUAAUCUUGUUAGUUACUGUCUGAACUCAGAGCAGGGAACAGUACAUAAAAUAUGCUUCCUUUGUUAAAUAGUUCUUUAUUAAGAAACCAUGGAGAUCCUUUAGAAGUAUGAACACUAUUUACUGUAGAUAAAACUUAGCAAUAAUCAAGUUAAUCUGAGCUUAGUCUGUCUGAAUAUCUGACAUAAUUUAUUCCAUUAUCAUACACAGUGAUAUUUUUUUUUUUUUUUUUUUUUUACAGCCCAGCUUAACAAGUCACCAUGACAACAGGUGUGUAAGAGUGCAUGUUUGUUUCAUAGGUGUAACUAUGGUUGUAGGUGGAAGUUCACAACCUGCUUUCAGGUGAGAUUCAUGGUGAAAUGAGCCCGCAGAUUUAUCAACCUGCCCAUUGUUUGAAAAUAAAUCAAAAAGAUCUAAUUGAAUCGUCCUUUAGACACAUAUUAAAACUGUUUACACACAAGAAAACACAACAAGUUAUCCAGACCGGAACAAAUCAACUGACCCAGACUGGUGGUGACAGCAUUGUUAUGUGAAGCACGGUGGUGGCAGCAUCAUGACGUGAAGCACGGCGGUGGCAGCAUCAUGACGUGAAGCACGGCGGUGGCAGCAUCAUGACGUGAAGCACGGUAGAGGCAUCAUGAUGUGAAGCAUGGUGGUGACAUCAUGAUGUUUCUCAGCAGCAGGUCCUGGAAGGCUUGUAAAGGGUGAGGGUAAAAUUAUUGCAGCAAAGUCUAGAGAAAUCAUGGAUGCAGUCUGAAGAGAACUGAGACUUGGAGAAGAUUUAUUUUCCAUCCAGGUGAUGAGUUGAAGCAAACAACCAGAACUCCACAGAAAUGGUUUAAAGACAACAAGGUGAAUGAUUCUGAUUGCAGCCUAUCAAUGCUGUAGUUUCAGCCAAAGAUGCAUCUCCUAAAUUCAUUAAGAUUCAGUGUUAAAGAACAAAAAAACAUGAAUGUUGUGUUUGAGUACAACUAGUAUUGACAUGCACUAAAUACUUAUGACCACCAGGUGGUGCCCUUGUGCAACAAAUGUAAAAGGUGUAGAUGAGUUGCUAAAUGAACGAAAAUCACACUUUAGAACCCUACUUUAUGUAAGAUAUGGUGUUGGAACCUUUCUGAACAGCAUUAUCAGUGGUGGAAGAAGUAAUCAGACACUGCAUAACAAGUAAAAGUCAUGCUUUCAUAGAAAAUACCUUGAAGUUAAUUCUACUGGUUCCCAACCAUGGGGUCCGGCCUCUUCGGGUCACUAGAUAAAUGUGAGAGGUCGUGUGAUGGUUUAUAAGGGUUGUGAAAAAGAUAAAGAGAGCUCUGCUACACAAAUUGGCAGGUUUGUAAUUCAUUUAUGUGUGAAAAAUUGCAAUAGCUUUACCAAUUUCAGCCAAAUUAUUCAAAAGUGAGGUGAGGUAAAUGACUAUUGUAGCUGGAAACGGCUGAUUUUUAAUGGAAUAUCUCCAUAGGGGUACAGAGGAACAUUUCCAGCAACCAUCACUCCUGUGUUCUAAUGCUACAUUGUGUUAGCUGAUGGUGCUGAAAGGCUCAUUGAUGAUUAGAAAACCCUUGUGCAGCACAUGGAUAAAAGUGUGAGUUUUCAUGGGAAACGUUAAAUUGUCUGGGUGACGGUAGUGUACUUCAUUACUUUCCACCACUGAAAUUUGCUUUAAAUGAAGAACUAAAUAACAAACAAUUGAAAUGACUCAUGCAGACCAACGUUUUGUUUUUUUUCUUCGAUUCUGGAGGUCUUAUUACUGUUUCUGCUCAGUGGUUGCUUCUCUGAGGUUUAUUACAAAUCUACUCUGGGGUGUUAGAGCCAGCUUUAGCCACCAGAAGGACUCAUUAGUAGCAGACUUUCAUAUAUGAGGCAACAUUUGGACUACUGCCCACCUACAUUUUUUCCUUAACUGCACAGAAAAGUGCUGAUCUUUACUCUUUCGAGAUCAUUUGUUGCUUUCUGUUCCUUAUGUCCAUACCAAAUGGUUAAAAAGGCUUUUAUUUUGAAAGGUGUCACAGAAAGAUUGGAAAUUAACUGGGAUAAUGCAUUAAGUCACAUCUAAUACAAGAAAUCAUAUUUUUUCAUUUUUGUCAUCAACUUUGGAUGCUGUGUCUUGCAGUUCUGCAGUUUUUUUUUUGAGUAAUGACUUCAGUCUGUAAAAAAUUGUCUUUCUGUGUCUUUCUCUUACUAGAUAUGAUUCACUGUGCAUCAGUCACAGUUAAUUACUAUAAAACGGGACUUAGACUGAUUGUAUCUGUACAUUAAAACUUUUUUUUUUUACUAAAUGGCCUAGAAAUAAUAAAUUAUUGAGAUAAUACACGCUGAUGCACAUUUUAUGUUCUGCCACCAACGGAUGCCACUUAUAUCAUUUGAGUCAUAUGUUUUUUUUAAUCAAUUUUGUACGCUGUAUUUUUCGAAUUUAACUUCACAAAACACAAACAUGUUGCUUUUUUCCUUUUCUCAAUGCUUCUACUUGUCAGGGAAUUUUAAAGCUGUUUUGAGAAGUGGAAGAAAAUGAUAUAAGGACGGGAAAGGAACCAAAGAGGAAAGAUUAUUAAUUUGCUCUGCAGUUUUUCUGCCCCUUUUGCAUGGAAGACAUUGUAGAAAGAUUGGAAGCUAAUAGAGUUAAUCUGACUUUUAAAUCCAAACUCUGAGUUCUUGACUCCACAGCAUGCACUUGUAAAUUUAAUCUGUUUGUGUUUUGUUUUUUGCUAGUGUUUAUUGUGUAACUGUGUUUUGUAUUUGCUGCUGCCUGUCUGGGCUAGAACUAGCUUGAAAAAGAGCUUCUUGAUCUCAGUGGGAUUUCUGCUGGUAAAAUAAAGGUUAAUAAUCCAUCCA